AAAGACAAACACAUAAUUAUCAUUAAUUUAUUAACAUAAUCACAGUUUGGCAGGCACCCGUUUUUCAUAAACAAGUUUUAGUAUCACUGUUGUAGUUGGCAUUUGUGGUUUACUGUGUUUUCCUUGCUUAGCACUUCUCUGGAAUUGUGCAUAAAAAUUAGGAAAAUACAUUUAAAAAAACAAAUCUGAGUGGAAAGUAAGGGGUGCUGCAUCUUUUGAGUGCUACAACAAUGAAGAAAGUAUUGAUGGUAGCGGAGAAGCCGUCUUUGGCGGCGUCACUUGCUUCUAUUCUCUCCAAUGGGCGCAGCACGACAAAAAAAGCAUCAAAUAGCUCUUCAACUCAUGAAUGGGUUGGUCCAUUCCGUGAUGACCGCAGCGUGCUGUUUCGCAUGACGUCAGUGUGCGGUCACGUCAUGACACUCGAUUUUGUAGGCAAAUACAACUCUUGGGAUCGUGUAGACCCGGCAGAACUGUUUGGCUGUCCAACCGAAAAGAAGGAAGCCAAUCCCAAGCAACAUAUGCGCACAUUUUUGGCAUCAGAGGCGCGAGGCUGCGAAUAUUUAGUGCUCUGGCUCGAUUGUGAUAAAGAGGGUGAAAAUAUUUGCUAUGAAGUAAUGGAUGCAGUGUCGCGUAUCAUACCAAAUGUAUACAGUCGCAAUGUUACAUAUCGUGCGCACUUUUCUGCCAUUACCGACAAGGAUAUAAAAGGCGCCAUGGAGUCACUUGGUUAUCCGAAUGAGAAUGAGUCUAAGUCGGUGGAUGCACGUCAAGAGCUCGACUUGCGUAUCGGCUGUGCAUUUACACGCUUCCAGACAAAAUUUUUCCAAGGACGCUAUGGUGAUUUGGAUUCAUCGUUGAUAUCCUAUGGGCCAUGCCAAACACCCACGUUAGGUUUUUGCGUGAAACGGCAUGACGAUAUACAAACAUUUAAACCGGAAAGUUUUUGGUACCUGCAAUUACUGGCGGGACAACCCGAAAUUACGUUAGCAUGGGCACGCGUACGCGUAUUCAAAAAAGAAAUUGCUAUCAUGUUAAUGCAACGUGUCAAGGAACAAAAGGAAGCGCUGGUGGAGAGCGUAACUUCCAAAGAGCAGUUCAAGGGUCGCCCGCAGGCUUUAAACACAGUAGAGUUGAUGCGUAUUUGCAGUUCAGGACUGGGUAUCGGUCCAUUUCAAGCUAUGCAAAUCGCCGAGCGUUUAUAUACUCAGGGCUAUAUAAGUUAUCCGCGUACAGAAACCAAUCAGUAUCCCACGAAUUUCGAUUUGCACGCCGUUCUACGUGUAUUGCAACCCUCCAGCGAAUUUGGCGAGGAGGCGCGUGGCAUAUUAAGCGACUACAAUGCGCCGCGUAAAGGCAAAGACGCCGGUGACCAUCCGCCCAUCACACCUAUGAAGCUAGCGAAUCGUAGCGACUUUGAUAGAGACACUUGGCGCGUAUAUGAUUUUAUUUGCCGACAUUUCCUCGGUACAGUGUCACGUGAUUUGAAAUAUCGCACUACCACCGCUAAACUGCGUGUCGGCUUGGAGACAUUUUCGUGCACCGCAAACGUAUUACUUGAUCCGGGCUACACAAAAGUAAUGACCUGGCAGGCAUUCGGCCGCGACGAGGCUAUACCGCCCUUUGUGGAGGGUGAAAAAGUGGCCAUAAACGAUGUACGCUUGGCGGAAUCUCAAACUGGACCACCGGACUACCUCACCGAAGCCGAAUUGAUCACGCUGAUGGAACAACAUGGCAUUGGCACAGAUGCCUCUAUACCGGUGCAUAUCAACAACAUUUCACAGCGUAAUUACGUGCGCAUCGAAACCGGACGUAAGCUGAUACCAACAACGCUGGGAAUUGUGCUGGUGCAUGGCUAUCAGAAGAUUGAUCCGGAGCUCGUCUUGCCCACAAUGCGUUCUGAGGUCGAGCGCAUGCUGAAUCUUAUUGCCAAAGGCUCAGCUGAUUUUCAAGCUGUGCUGCGACAUGCCAUCGAGAUAUUUCGUUUGAAGUUUUUAUUCUUCGUCAAAAACAUCGCCAGCAUGGAUAGCUUGUUUGAGGUCUCUUUCUCGCCACUAGCCGAAACUGGCAAGGCGCACUCACGUUGCGGCAAGUGUCGACGUUACAUGAAAUAUAUACAAACAAAACCUGCGCGCUUGCAUUGCUCUCAAUGCGACGAAACCUAUUCGUUGCCUAACGGCGGUAAUGUUAAAGUCUAUCGUGAAUUCAAAUGUCCGCUGGACGACUUUGAAUUGUUGGCAUUUACCACCGGCGCCAAGGGACGCUCAUAUCCAUUCUGCCCCUAUUGCUACAAUAAUCCACCAUUCAGGGAUAUGCCCAAAAAUGGCGGUUGCAACUCUUGCACGCAUCCCACCUGCCCACACUCACUCAAUACGCUCGGUAUUUCGGGUUGUGUGGAGUGUGAGCAUGGCAUACUCGUGCUGGACUGCACAUUGGCGCCUAGUUGGAAGUUGGGUUGCAAUCGUUGCGAUGUCAUAAUCAAUUGUUUCAAGGGUGCGACCAAAGUGUCGGUGGAAGAACAAAAGUGCACGGAAUGCGGCGCUCAACUAGUCAAUGUAGUAUACAAAUCGGAUAAAACAAAAUUCAAGGACAGCACUGAGGAGAAGAGCGGCUGUGUCUUCUGUUCUAACGAUUUUGCGCAUCUUGUGGAGAAACAUCGUGCCGUCGCAUCGCGUCCAGUCAACGUACGUGGUGGCGCUCGUGGCGGUGGGCGUGGUGGUGCUAAAGGUGGACGCGGUGGCGCAGGCGGUGGACGUGGCGGCCGUGGACCGCGUCAGCCAAAGGACAAAAUGGCCCAAUUAGCGGCAUAUUUCGUUUAGUUUAGACACAGCGAGUUGGAGAAGUAUGUAUAUUUAUGCAUUUUGCAAGCAGUAGCAGCUGUUGGCAGCUACAAGAAAGCGCGUGCGUGUUGCAACUUAUGCGGUGUAAGCGAAUCAGUAGUUAAUGAAUUGUACAGUUUUGUCUUGUAUGACUUUUUAUAUAUAAAUUAUACAUAUAUACAUACAUGUAACGUUAACGUAUAAGUUCAAUGUAUACGUACUUGUAAUUGCAUUUACUAAAUAAUGAAGAAACUUAUAUAUACAUACAAAAAA